GGGCGCGUGAGCACCAUGGACGCACCGAGCCUCGGGGAGCGCGCGGCCAAGGCCCCCAAAGAGCCCGCGGGGAGCGGGGCCCGACUCUGGCGGGGGUGGGGCCCCGUGGAGCUAGUCCUCUUCUUAGCCAACUUCUCGCUGGCCUUGCAGCGGCCGCUCACCACCCAGUACCUGUGGCACCGCCUGGGCGCCGAGGUGGGCUACAACGGCACCAGCCGGGGGGGCGGCUGCAACGACAGCGCGGACCCCAAGCAGCAGGAAGUGGAGACCCUGACCUCCCACUGGAAUCUCUACAUUGAUCUGAGCGGCUUCUUCGUGGGGCUUUUCUCGGCCACCCUCCUGGGCCCGUGGAGUGACCGCGUUGGGCGGCGCCCGCUGCUGGUGCUGGCCUCCUUCGGCCUGCUCCUUCAGGUCAUCGUGUCCAUCCUCGUCGUGUCCCUGGAGCUCCACGUCGGCUUCCUCGUGCUGGGUCGCCUGCUGAGUGCCUUCCUGGGGGACUACAAUGCCCUGCUGGGCACCGGCUUUGCCUCCGUGGCCGAUGACAGCACCCCUCGCACCCGUACCUUACGCAUAGCCGUGUUGGAGGCCUGCCUGGGGAUAUCCGGCAUGUUGGCCAGCAUAGCAGGGGGCCACUGGAUCAAGGCCCAGGGCUACACCAACCCUUUCUGGCUGGCGCUGGCCAUGCUGAUCACCACCACGCUCUACUCGGCGUUUGUGUUCCGAGAGUCAGUGCCUAAUCCGCAGAAGGCUUCUCUCUUCACUCUCCAGCAUUACCGCUUGAUAUUCCGGCUCUUUGCAUCCCCUUUCCCGGGGAAAUCCAGGAAGCAUUUGGCUCUCUACCUGCUGGCCCUCUUCCUGGUGCUCACCAUUCAUUAUGGAACCUGGGACAUUGUGGUCCUGUAUGAGCUAAGCUGGCCUCUCUGCUGGGGCUCCGAUCUGAUUGGCUACGGCUCAGCUGCCCAGCAUCUCUCCUACCUCGUCGGCCUGGUGCAGCUGUGGGUCUUCCAGCUAUGCCUAAAGGACAGCUGGGUGGCAGAGAUCAGCCUCGCCUUCAACAUUGUGGGAAUGGUGGUGUUUUCUCUGGCCAAAACCACGGCACUGAUGUUUACAGGGUAUGGGAUCCUCUCUUUCUCGUUGGUGGUUACGCCAGUGAUCCGAGCCAAGCUCUCCAAGCUGGUGAACAAGACAGAACAGGGAGCUCUUUUCUCGUCCAUCGCCUGUGUGAGUGGGAUCUCCAUGCUAUCAGCAACGGGAAUCUUCAACUCCCUCUAUCCAGCCACCCUCAACUUCAUGAAGGGCUUUCCCUUUCUCCUGGGAGCGUUUGUUCUUCUCAUCCCGGCCAUUCUGAUUGGGGUGCUGGAAAUCUUUGACCCUCGACCUGAAUACCAGCAAACACUCCACUGAAGCCCCCUAACCCACCCUCUGAGACCCAGCAGGAGAAGAGGUGGAGCAGAUUCUGAUCGCUGCUUCAGCAAAUGAGAACAGAGGGCAAGACGGGGCUUGGCAGCUGGACAAGUGUGGACUUCUACCCCAGAGGGCUUUACCCCAGGCCUUUCUGUCCUCAGAAGAGACAAAGUCAGACUAGUUGGUUAGGUAGAGUCAGACUGGCCUUGGGCAAAAUGGUGUGGGGGACAAACCUCCUUUUUUUUUUUUAAAGCAAAACUGGAAAUAUUAAGAAAUAACAUUUCUCUGACCUAAAAAUCCUCUGCAAACUUGUCUCUUUAGGGAAAUGGGUAGAACAAAAGCCUUUCUGAGGGAAAUGGAUCCAGAUUCAGGACCGUUGUUGCGUCUGUCUCUUUGUGACCCCACUGGGGGUUUUCUUGGCAAAGAUACUGGAAUGGUUUGCCAUUUCCUUCUCCAGCUC